ACCUCCUCCAAAAUCCCUCUAUAUAUACUCCCCGACGACCGCUUGUUCGAAGCAUCUCUCUUCCUUUCCCCCAUUCGCCAGUGCCCACGGCAACAUCAGUGUGAGUGAGGGCGAUAGCGUCGCGACUAUUCCGGGCAGAUCCUGAUCCCGCCCCAGCCCCUUCGGUUCCAGCAGGCUGCGCAUCUCUGCCCUCUCCAUCCCUCUCUAAGUGCCAUAAACAUGGCGAUGGAGAUUACCCAGGUCCUCUUGUCUGCCCAAUCUCCUGACGGGCAUACUCGAACUCUUGCUGAAGCAAACCUCAAGCAGUUUCAGGAACAGAAUCUCCCCCUCUUUCUACUUUCCUUAUCUGUUGAGCUAUCAAGUGAACAGAAGCCUCCCGAGUCUCGAAGACUUGCCGGUAUUAUUCUUAAGAAUUCCCUAGAUGCAAAGGAUGCAGUUCGUAAGGAAGAAUUGACUCAGCGGUGGGUCAGUGUGGAUCCAUCUAUCAAAUCCCAAAUCAAGGAUUCUUUGUUGAGGACGCUUGGAUCAUCAGUAUCUGACGCUCGACAGACUUCUUCACAAGUCAUUGCUAAGGUUGCAUCAAUCGAGGUACCACGACGUGAAUGGCAAGAGCUGAUAGGGUUGCUUCUAAACAACAUGACUCAGCCAGAUGCCCCUGCUCCUUUAAAGCAAUCAACCUUGGAGGCACUGGGGUAUGUUUGUGAGGAGGUAUCUCCUCAGGACUUGGAGCAGGAUCAAGUAAAUGCCAUCCUCACUGCUGUUGUGCAGGGUAUGAACCAGACAGAACAUAGUUCUGAAGUCCGCCUUGCAGCUGUUAAGGCACUUUAUAAUGCUUUAGAUUUUGCUCAGACUAACUUUGAGAAUGAGGUAGAGAGGAACUUCAUCAUGAAAGUUGUCUGUGAGACCACUAUGUCAAAAGAGUCAGAGAUCAGACAAGCAGCAAUUGAGUGCCUUGUUUCUAUAGCCUCUACAUAUUACGAGUAUCUUGAGCCUUACAUGCAGACCCUUUUUAAUUUGACUGCGAAUGCAGUGAGAGGAGAUGAGGAGCCUGUUGCUCUUCAAGCGAUUGAGUUUUGGAGCUCUAUCUGUGAUGAAGAGAUUCAAAUUCAAGAGGAGUUUGGGGAAGAUAACGGCGAGAGCUCUUCUCCCCAUUCUAACUUUAUAAAGCAAGCGCUUCCUACGCUUGUGCCAUUGAUGUUAGAAACACUGCUUAAACAAGAGGAGGAUCAGGAUCAGGAAGAUGGUGUCUGGAAUCUGUCUAUGGCUGGGGGAACCUGCCUUGGACUUAUUGCAAGAACCGUUGGGGAUGCAGUUGUGCCCCUUGCGAUGCCAUUUGUGGAGAGUAAUAUAACAAAGGGUGACUGGCGAAGCCGUGAAGCAGCUACUUUUGCAUUUGGGUCAAUUCUCGAAGGUCCGUCCAUUGAGAAGCUUGCACCACUUGUCCAUUCUGGACUUCAAUUCUUGUUGAAUGCAAUGAAAGACCAGAAUAGUCAUGUCAAGGACACAACAGCAUGGACCCUUGGUAGGAUCUUUGAGUUCCUGCAUUCUGCUGGUGGUGAAUAUCCAAUUUUAACUGCCACAAACCUUCCGCACAUCAUGUCUGUAUUGUUGGAGAGUAUCAGAGAUGCUCCUAAUGUGGCUGAGAAAGUUUGUGGAGCCAUUUAUUUCCUUGCCCAAGGUUUUGAGGAUGCAGGUUCUAGUUCAUCGAUACUUUCACCCUAUCUUGGUGAUAUUGUUUCAGCCCUCCUUUCUACAGCUGAUCGCACAGAUCCAAGCAAUGUUAGGCUUCGUUCUUCUGCAUAUGAAACAUUGAAUGAGAUAGUUCGAUGUAGCAGUAUACCUGAAACUUCGAACAUGGUUGCUCAUCUACUCCAUGAAAUCAUGAAUAGAUUAAGCAAAACUCUGGAGCUUCAUAUUGCAUCUUCGGAGGACAGGGAAAAGCAGGGUGAUCUGCAAGCCCUGCUAUGUGGCGUCCUUCAAGUAAUAUUACAAAAAUUGAGUAACUCAAAUGAGACGAAGCCUAUAAUUCUUCAGUCUGCUGAUCAGAUGAUGAUCCUCUUCCUUCAAGUUUUUGCUUGCCGCAGUUCUACCGUGCAUGAAGAAGCAAUGCUUGCGAUCGGGGCGCUUGCUUAUGCCACAGGCCCUGAAUUUGCAAAGUACAUGCAAGAGUUCUACAAGUAUUUGGAGAUGGGCUUGCAGAACUUUGAAGAGUAUCAAGUCUGCUCCAUAUCUGUUGGUGUGGUCGGUGAUAUCUGUCGUGCAGUAGAUGACAAGGUCCUUCCCUAUUGUGAUGGCAUCAUGAGUCAGCUUCUGAAAGAUCUCUCCAGUCCUAUGCUUCAUCGGUCUGUAAAGCCUCCUAUAUUUUCAUGCUUUGGAGAUAUUGCUCUUGCAAUCGGGGAGCAUUUUGAAAAGUAUGUCCCUUAUGUUAUACCGAUGCUGCAAGGAGCUGCCGAGCUCUGCUCUCACUUGGAUGUAAAUGAUGAUGAUAUGCAAGAAUAUGGUAAUCAGCUCAGACGUGGUAUUUUCGAGGCUUACUCUGGUAUACUUCAAGGGUUCAAAGGUCCCAAGGCAGCUCUGAUGGUUCCUUGCGCGAGCCCUCUUCUGAGCUUCAUCGAAGCUGUUGUUCGGGAUACGAACAGGGACGAGGAGGUAACCAAAGCUGCGGUUGCGGUGCUGGGAGAUCUUGCAGACACUCUUGGUCCAAACACAAAGAUCCUGUUCAAGGAUUGUACUUUUCAUAUGGAGUUAUUGGGAGAAUGCUUUCGAUCAGACAAUGACCAAUUGAAGGAAACUGCGACUUGGACUCAAGGAAUGAUUCAGCGAGUAUUAGUCUCGUGAGGGCCGAUGUAUCAAUCAUUUUGCGGCCAAACAAAGAGGUUCGUUCCUUUGUCAGUUCAACAAGGUAGAAAGGUCUUCUCCAUACGGUCAUGUCCUCGGCAGUGUACCACGAAUUCUGUUCUUGUAUUAUUUUUUCUGCUGUUCUUGAGUCUUAGUGGCAGUGUGUUGCCACUGUUGGCUGGUAGAUGAAUGUGAACAUGGAUUGGGGUCAACCUGUUUUUGUCCUGAAAACAAGAAUUAAUGCUGCUUGAAAUUGCCAUAGAUUUUACAAUCAA